AUGACUACUAAUACCUCACCACCACCACCCCAACCCGGCGCUCAACCACAUCCUCCACCACCAGCAACCCAAGAACCAACAGAGCCAUCUCCUUCAAACCCUCCACCACCCAAACCAGCCGAUAUCCCGCAACCACAAGCACAAGCACCGUUGGCGGCAAGUACCCAGUCUAACCCUACUACUACUACUGCUUCUCCUCCUACUCCUAUUACUGCUACUACAUCUACCUCUCCCCCAACUACCGCUUCAAACCCAAAUCCCAGAUCUGGGUACAGCUACAGCUACUCCCCAUCAUCGUCGUUAACACAGCGACAUCCCAAUUCGCACAUUCAAACGCAAUCCGCGGUUCCGAAUUCAACAUCCACGCCCUACGCAUCUCUCUACCAGCCGCCGACGAGUACAGCAAACAAUACAUCUCUCUCGGGUAAUCCGUCCCAGCUACCGCUGCACUAUACCUCUUCCAACACUGAAAUAGGGACCGGUGAAUCGGGAUUUCUUGACAAUGCCAAGGCGUGGUUCUGGAGCGCGGGGAAUAAGUUGGCGGAGGUUGAAGCUGAGGUUUGGCGGAGGAUUAAUGAAGCUCAUGAUAAGUAG